GCGGAGGGGGUUGGGACUGGUCCCAGAAGAUGGCGGAGGCGGGGGUGAGUUGGGGUCUUCCUGCGAAGCGCCAGUGAUUUGAUCCUGAGGGAAGUGGCCCGAGGAAGUGGGUGGCCUGUGCGAAGAGGAACUGCUGGUGAUUUUGCAUUCUAGGAACUCUACUGCCAAGGGCGGGGAGCCAGGACUACAGAUGGGGCCUGAAGGCCGAGGAGUUCACUCACCUGGAGACUGGUCGGCGAGGUUCAAGGGGACAACGGGGUUGGGGAGAGGAUUUCUGGUAGGUCCUAUUUUUAGGACAAGAUGUGGUACUAUUGAAACGCCAAUCUACUCUGAUUCACAGACACUUACCUUUUCAGCUGGGAAGCCUUUUUUUCCCCCAGCUUACUGAACCUAUGAAACCAUGGCGGAAGGAGAGACAGAGUCACCUGGGCCCAAAAAAUGUGGCCCCUAUAUCUCAUCUGUGACUAGCCGUAGUGUAAAUUUGAUGAUUCGAGGAGUAGUGCUUUUUUUUAUUGGAGUAUUUCUGGCAUUAGUGUUAAAUUUACUUCAGAUUCAGAGAAAUGUGACGCUUUUUCCACCUGAUGUGAUUGCAAGCAUCUUUUCUUCAGCAUGGUGGGUACCACCAUGCUGUGGCACAGCCUCAGCUGCGAUCGGGUUAUUAUACCCCUGUAUUGACAAGCAUCUAGGAGAACCACAUAAAUUUAAAAGAGAGUGGUCCAGUGUAAUGCGGUGUGUAGCUGUCUUUGUUGGUAUAAAUCAUGCCAGCGCUAAAGUGGACUUUGAUAACAACAUACAGUUAUCUCUCACAUUGGCUGCACUAUCCAUUGGACUGUGGUGGACUUUUGAUAGAUCUAGAACUGGUUUUGGCCUUGGAGUAGGAAUUGCUUUUUUGGCAACAUUGGUCACUCAACUGCUAGUCUACAAUGGUGUUUAUCAAUAUACAUCUCCAGAUUUUCUUUAUGUUCGUUCUUGGUUACCAUGUAUAUUUUUUGCUGGAGGUAUAACAAUGGGAAACAUUGGCCGACAACUGGCAAUGUAUGAAUGUAAAGUUAUCGCAGAAAAAUCUCAUCAGGAAUGAAGAAGUCAGAAAUGUAUUUUUUGUACAGAAAAACAAGUCGAAAAGGGCAUGUAAAUGAUAUAUACCAAUGAAACUAUGGACUCUAAAAUUGCCAGGAUGCAGUUUUUACCUUGAUUUAUAUAUAUAUAUAUAUAUAUAUAUAUAUAUAUAUAUAUACACACACACACACACACACACACACACACACAUAUAUGCAUAUAUUACUGCAAUCUGUGAUUGCUUCAUCUGUAAAUCAGUUACAAACCUUUAUGUAUUUGACUUAAAUAAUUGUAAAAUAUAUAUGCACUACAUUAAAAAUGUAGAUUAAUAAAUGAAAUUCUUAACUAAUUUUUUAAACAUACCAUAUGUUGUAUCGCAAUGUUGAUGUGCCAAAAUAUUCUGUUACUGUCAGUAUAAGAAUGCUUUGAACAAUUUAUAAACUUAGUGUAAUAAAAUAAGAGGAAAGCCAAAAAAAGAAAAAAAGGAAUUGGAAAGCUGGUAUAUUCUCUUCGCUUACUGUUGUGCCUAUUUAUUUUUCUAAUCAUAACAGUAUGAGUAUGAAUGCCCUAGUUAGUGUCCACAGGGUGGGGCAAAAGUAGGUUUACAGUUGCUCAUAUAGAAAAUAAUACAAUAAUAAAUAAUACAAGAACAACUAUGUUUCACAUGUUCGCAGCUGUAAACCUACUUUUACCCUAUCCUGUAUUUUAAUGUUGUUUCAGAGAACUUUGGAUGUUUUAAUUAAAAUGUGAUACAAAUGAACUUCCAUAGAACAUUUUUCAAACUUGCAUUACUGGAGAGAGUUCAGAGAGUAAUUCUUCUUUCGACAGAUUUUACUGGAGGUAAAAGUGAUCAGUGGGAAAGGCUAUCAGCAUUAAAUUGUUUUUAGUCUAAACCUAAACAUAUAUAAUUAAAACUAAGGACCUCUGGGGAAUUUAGUUUUAGAAAUACAAAGACCUAAUUCAGUGCUACAAAGUGUUAAGUCAUAACUGUCAUUUGCAAUAUAGAAACCUGCGGCUUUUGCACAAGGAACACCUAAAAACUCCCAAACAGAUUUAGAUGAAGUUUCUAAUUCUAUUGAGUUCUGUUCAAUAGAUUGUAAAAUCUGUUGGUUUGCAUAAAUUAAAUAACUUUGGUUGGGCUGCCUCAUAUGACAGGUUGUAAAGGAUUGCCAUCUGGGGAAUGGAUGAGCACAUAAUUUCUUAUGUAUUCCUAUGCCCAUUAGUGGGUAGUUCAAACCAGUUUAAGAAUGUAUUGAGAUGGCAUAUUGUGCACACAUUAGAGAUCUUGAUAACAAUUUUGUGCUUAUCUUUUAAACAACUAGAGUAAUUUAAAUAUGUUUGAACAUAUUUUUAAUUAAUUUUCCCCACUUUUUAUUUUUGAAAUUGAUGGCAAUUAUCAGAUACACAAGGGCGAAUGAAAUCUGCUUACUCUGUGUGUGUUUGUGUGUGUAUGUACUGAAUUGAGUGAGAGAGAGAAUGUAUAUGUGUAUUUGGAUGUUAUGUACCUGUGUUCUCUUAACAUGUUAACUAUGUAUUCGUUUUUUGGUUUUAAAACCAAUGCUGUCAGACUGAAUGAAGUCUUGUAUGCCAAACUUGAAUGUGCUUUUUACAUUUUAAGGCUGAAAGUGUUAAAGUCCUAAGAGCAUUUUAUAUUGAAUAUAUGUAUGCAUUCAAGACUAUAGUGGUGAUAAACAUAUUGCUGUAAUUUAUUAUCCUGUCUUCCAGAUAAUGUUAUUCAUUUAGACCAAAUAAGGUAUAUUUUUAGAAUCAACUUUGUAAGCACUAUAAAUCUUUAAUAAGUUAUAAGGUCUAUGAUGUGUUUACUUUGAAAAUUUCUGUUAAAAGCAAAGUGUAUUAAAUAUAUAAUUAUAUUCUU